UUGCGGUGAAGACCGUGUCGCUAGCACGCAGCCUCCAGUGUUCUACACACAACAACAAGCCGAUUCCGAGAAAGGCAAACGCUAAAGAACAAAACUGGGUCAGUUGUAAGUAAAGCACAAAAAGGAAGAAACCAACGAAAGGACAUCUAAACAAACGAACGCAAGUUGCGAGAAGCUAAAGCUUAAGAAAACGAACGUCAGUUCAGUGAGUCAAAAGAAGAAAAGCAAAAAAGGAAAAAAAUUAGCACAAACCCAAAAGAAAGUGAAAACACAGAACUGAGGUGAGAGCGUGGUGAAAAAGCACACCAGAGUGUCGAGUGACGAUCGUGUGUGUGUGUGUGGUGCAGGUGAGAACGGCCUUCGUAACGGGUGCCGGAAGCGAAGAGUAAAGCAAAACUGCAAGCAAAAAAAAGAAACGAAAAGGAAACAAUCAAACGGAAAGAACCGCACAAGCGGAAGAAAGUGCAAGCGCGACGUGAGAAAUUGUGCGCCAGAGCGUAGGGUGGCGCAUCGGUGAAGUAGGAAAUAAAGCUUUGAAGGGCGGAAACCAAACCGAUCGUUAGACGUGCCGCUGAAUAGGGAACCGCUUCCGCGUGGAACUAAGUGCACCGAUCGGAUAGGGAGCGCCGUGCGGAACAGACGACUUAAAUGCGCUCGUAAGCGACGAACCGUCCCGUGAGGUGUUGACCGUGAGAGGCACGAAAGCGCGCGCGCGCACGUGAACGGAUUCCGGGUUUGGAUUCUGACAAUUUUCGGUACCAAGUGUCGAUUGGAGAUAAAGCAAAAACCAGAAACAAAAAUACGUUGACAAAAUGGCGUACAGCAGAAAGCUCAGCUUCAGUGCCGCCGUUGUCGUGGUCUCGAGUCUGGUGACGGUUUGUUCCGGUUCGGCCAUACCGAUGUGGGAGUUCCUGAGCCGUGGCGAAAAGAUGUCGCAUCUGUACACGAUGUUCGCCAAGCAGGUGUCGAGCUACUGCAAGAACUCUCAGGACAUGCCGACCAACAUGUGCAAGCGUAACCUGCUGAUGUACGGCAUCAACAAGCUGCAGGACAUGAACGAGUCGCAUCUGGACUCGAUGGACCCGUACCAGCGCGGUGCUACCGAUAUAAUCUGGGACGCCAUGAUGGAUGGGCACACAAAGAACGGCAAGAAGAAGACACAAACGACGGCUGCCCCGGCGUACAUCAUGAGCGAGCAGUUCGAGCAUAAUCCGCUCUUCGACGAUCCGGCACCGACUGACUCGGAGGUGCGCAAAACGGGCAGCAUCAGCAAGUACGGCAUGGACUACGAUUACGCUAGCGGACCAACUGGACAGGAGAUGCACUACUCCGAACCGCAGAACCAUCUGCCACAGGAAGCGUCAACGAACGUUGACUUCAGCUACCAGUAUGAGCCGGCUGCAUCGGCGCAUCUCAGCAAUGUGGCGCCGUACGAGCAGACAAGCAACUACCUGACUGGCCCGAUGGUGGUUCGCCUGCGCCCCGACGGUACACCCGUCGAGGAGGACAAGGUACAGCCUGCUCUGGCCCCACCCAAGGACGACGAUAUCAAGGAGAUGACGCUUGGCAAGGAGAAGAUGCCCAGCUUCCAGCAGAUCUACGACAGCCUCAAGCAAAACGAGGAACAUCUGCACGCAUCGACGGCUGCUCCAGUGACCGUCCCGACGACGGUAACACCGACGACGAUUGCGACUCCUUCGAAGAUCGUUCCGGUUCAGCCGCAGGUGAUCGCACCCACGCAACAGGUGUACGCGUACGUUCAGCGUCUGCCCAACUACCUCCGAUCGUAUCGCACCGCGUACCGAGUGUACAACGCGCAUUAGAUGCUCGCGCGGUGAAGCCGAGAUCAGAAAGCUGAAUGUGAUUUUUUUCCUAAUCUAAUUAACUCAACUAAACCCGAUCUGAUCGCCCGUG